AAAUGGUAUUCAGCACGUAAAUAGUGAGAGGUUACAGUACAGCAGAGUAACCCAUCUUACAAAUUAAAUUUAACAACACAUUUAUACAUAUGCUUUAAAACGCGAUAACCGCCUAUAAGCCCUGCAAUUAGUAAAGUUUUUCGCUUGUCGGACGAGGGCAUGUACCGCUCCUUUAAGGAACUCGGCGGCGGCAUCUAGCAUGAGAUGGUGCAGCUUCCCCUGACCGAGCCCAAGGUCUCGUCGGCCGAGGCGUCCGUCUGGGACCUAGGGCAGUGGGAGUUCAACUGGGUGGCGUGGGCACGGGCAGCACGAAGGGGAGCCGGCCAACCCGGAGUAUGUUACGUAUGGAUAUUUGAGCUAUGAGGAUAGGGCCGUACGCAACGGAGACCAAGGAGGACGGCAGCUGGGAGGAAAACUCGGACACGGAGUUCCUCAUCCGAUACUGCGGGCAGGAUUAACCGCUCGAGAAGAUAGGGGGCAGAAGCUUGUGGUCACGCCGGCUACGGGCGGUCACUUCGUCACGGUGCAUAACUACGUCAGCGAAUCAACUGCUGGGUGCCUGGUCAUGGGCCUGCGUUCCGAGACCUUGUUUGCCAAGACGGCUGCCAAGCCUCAGCCCUAUCUUGAAGGGAAAAUGCUCCAGAACUCACCAUCCUGCUCCACAAUUCAACGGUAGCGAGCCGCACGCGCUAUCCUUAUGAAUGCAAUAAUCUUGGGAUUAUCUAGGCAUCGUCCGAAAGGGUCGCUCGCUCAGGCUGAGUGCCAGUAUUCUACAUGGGAAUGUCAAAAGAAAACAGGCGAAAAAUGCAGGAGAAGGAGAAAACAAUGCCGUCCUGUGCCGAA